AUGAGUGCUUCUGUGGUAAACACUUCGAAGGGUCUGUUAAUCUUUAAGGAUGUGGCUGUGGACUUCUCACUGGAGGAAUGGGAAUGUCUCAAUUUUGCUCAGAGGGCAUUGUAUAUGGAUGUGAUGUUGGAGAAUUACAACAAUCUAUUGUUUGUUGAAAAUCAUCACAUGUGUGGAAUGUAUGAGAAGGUCUUGGAUCAAGGCACACUGUACAUUGCCCAUGAGCCUGUGAAUAUCCAAGAGAAGUCUUCUAAAUGCAGUGAACUCAGCAAUAUGAUUCAUGAAUCUACCCAAUGUACACCUCAUAAAACUAACCACAAAGAUGCAUCUCUUCAAUUCUCAAACCUAAAAAUACCUAAAACUGGGAACACUGAAGAAGUUUGCAAGUAUAAAGAUUGUGCAAAUGGUUUAAAUGUGUGUUCUCUCAUUAGUCUCAAUCAAGGAAUCCACAUAGGAAAGAAAGAACACAAUAGAAAUACAGAAUUUGAUGAGGUUUUUCUCUCUAAACAUAAACCAUUGGUAAAGAAAAACAAUAGUAGAGUGAAUCCUUACAGAGGUAGUGAACCUGACCAGUGCUUUACCCAGAGAGACAGUCUUCAAAGUCAGGAGAGCAUUUAUCCAGAAAAGAAACCUCACAAAUAUAGUGAAUGUAAAAAAUGUUUUAAACAACAAUUCAAUCUUAGGAUGCAUCAUAGAUUUCAUACACGAGAAAAACUUUACAAAUGCAGUGAAUGUGACAAAUACUUUGCCCAAAAAUCCCAACUUAGUAUUCAUCAGCGAAUUCAUACUGGUGAUAAACCUUAUAAGUGUAGUGAAUGUGAAAAAUGCUUUACUGUAAAAGGCACACUGAGAAUUCAUCAGAGAAUUCAUACAGGAGAGAAACCUUACAAAUGCACUGAAUGUGACAAAUGCUUUACUGAAAAAGGUAAACUGAGAAUUCAUCAGCAAAUUCAUACAGGAGAGAAACCUUACAAAUGCACUGAAUGUGACAAAUGCUUUACUGAAAAAGGCAAACUCAGAAUUCAUCAGCGAAUUCAUACAGGAGAGAAACCUUACAAAUGUAGUGAAUGUGACAAAUUUUUUACUCAAAAAUCACAUCUUAGUAUUCAUCAGAGAAUUCAUACAGGUGUAAAACCUUACAAAUGUAGUGAGUGUUACAAAUGCUUUACCCAAAAAGGCAGUCUGAAUAUUCAUCAGAGAAUUCAUACAGGAGAGAAACCUUACAGAUGUAGUGAAUGUGACAAAUGCUUUGCCAGGCAAUCUUAUCUUAGAAUUCAUCAGAGAAUUCAUACAGGAGAGAAACCAUACAAAUGUAGAGAAUGUCACAAAUGCUUUACUCAAAAAUUCAAUCUGAGAAGUCAUCAGAAAAUUCAUACAGGAGAAAAACCCUACAAAUGUAGAGAGUGUGAAAAAUGCUUUACCCAACCAUCACAUCUUAGUGUUCAUCAGAGAAUCCAUACAGGAGAGAAACCUUACAGAUGUAGUGAAUGUGACAAAUGCUUUGCCAGUCAAUCCUAUCUUAGAACUCAUCAGAGAAUGCAUACAGGAGAGAAACUGUACAAAUGUAGUGAAUGUGACAAAUUUUUUACUCAGAAAUCACAUCUUAGUAUUCAUCAGAGAAUUCAUACAGGUGCAAAACCUUACAAAUGUAGUGAGUGUUAUAAAUGCUUUACUGAAAAAGGAAAGCUGAGAAUUCAUCAGAGAAUUCAUACAGGAGAGAAACCUUAUAAAUGUAGUGAAUGUGACAAAUUUUUUACUCAGAAAUCACAUCUUAGUAGUCAUCAGAGAAUUCAUACAGGUGCAAAGCCUGACAAAUGUAGUGAGUGUUACAAAUGCUUUACUGAAAAAGGAAAGCUGAGAAUUGAUCAGAGAAUUCAUACAGGAGAGAAACCUUACAAAUGCCAUGAAUGUGACAAAUAA